AUCAUAUGAAUAAUGUUAUAUAGGCAUAAAAGUUUGACUUGAAUAAAAUACAUAUCUUAUAUAGUCCAGAAUACUUUUACUAAUCCAUCUGUAGUGCUUAGUCAAAAUUUAAUGGCUUUGGGGUCUGUUGAAUCUUGUGUAAGGGGUUGACAUUUUAGAUAUUGGAAAGAAACAAAUGGUUUUAUAUUUCCCAAAUAUGCUUAAUAAGAAUAAUUAGAUGAUAGCUUUUAUAUACCAGGAAACCAUAUUUUCUCAAUUAUGAGGGACAAAAUCUUAGAUGUUUCUGAAUCUCAAAAGUGGUAGGACGAACCUCUUAUUUGCAGUGUAUCAUUCAUUCAAAGUUAGAGGGAAAACACACAAUAAUCAUAUUUGAACUGAGUUAUAUUCCAUGACCACAGUUCAACAUAGAGUUUAGACUGCAUAAACUUGUUGAUUUUACUGGGGUUGUAUGCUUAUAUUCGUACAGACUGUUGCCCAUGGGUACAGAAUUAUUGUGGUCUGGGUGAAUACAAUGUUAAGAAUGUAGUGCAAUGUUAAAAAUUAUGUUUUAUGGUUUCUUAAUAACUGAUUCAAUGCGGGGUAUAUGCUAGUGUUUUGAAACAAUACAGUAUAUCUGUCUUUUAAAUACGUUUAAACUUUUUCUUUGCAGGUGUAGAGUACAUUCUACAAUUUACAUAUCAUAUUUAAAAUGUCUGGUUAUACAACACAACAUACAACACAACAUAAAAAACAUAAUUGAUUUUUAUCAAUUGAUUUUGACUUCAUGUCGUAGGAAACACUUGCUCCUAUUUAUUGCUUUUCAGGUAACAGAAUUUAGAGAAUGACUAAUCUGCAGACUCCACAAUUUAAAGGAUAGGAUUUAGGAUACUUUUUUAAAAAAUACAAUAGCAAUGCAUUUGAGGAAUAGCAUAUUCUCAAAGCAGUAGUAGCUCUUCCACUACAAUAAUGUACUAACAAUCAAAACAUGGCAUUUUUUAAAAGUUUUCAACAAAAUCUGAGCCUUCCUUCUAUGUCUUCUCUGGUUGACACACUCAGUAAUGCUGUAGAUGAUCUAACCAGUGCUGUUGGAGAUGUCAGCUAUACAGUAGCUGACUCAGUUACAGAACAGGUAACAAGUAUGAUCCACAGCCUUCGGACAGAUGAUACUGCUACCGCACAAGAAGAUAAAUCUGUAGUAGAUAAAGAGGAAAAUAAAGAGAAAGAAGACUUGAAAAACGUUACCUUUCCAAAAGAUAUUAGGCAGAACUGCAAUACAUAUAGACCAGAUGAGUCCCUUAAUAAAGAACUAAAUCAAGAAUUGCAUGCCGCAGUAGAACAAAAUGAGGGCCCAUUGCAUAAAAAAGCAAAACAAAGGUCACCAGGACUUGACUUCAAAAACACCAAAGAAGUGCACAGUUUUGCUUCCAGGAAUUCAGAAAAAAAUGAAGAGCAAACUCCAAAAUUACAAAAGUUAAAGUCUAAAAAAGCUCAUGGGGUUCAGGAAGUAAAAGAAAAGAAAUGCAAACCAUUUUCUGAUGGCCACAGACAGUCUGUAACAAAGCAGGAAGAAAAUGCACCAUCUAUUCUUUCAAAAGAAAGUAAAAAGGAAAAGGCUAAACAAUCAGAAUGUUUCUCAAAAGAAGUGAGUAGUAAGAAGAAGCCAGAAAAAGCAAACUGCAUUCAGAGAAUGAGACAAACACCUCCUCUUGAUGAAUUGCAGCCCCCACCCUACCAAGAUGAUAGUGGUUCCCCGCAUCUCUCAUGCACGCCCUCCGAAGUUGGUGACAGCAAAUGUGAAUUCUCUCAGUGUAGCAACAGUCCAAGAUGCUCGUAUAAAUGCCCAAGCGAAGGGAGCACUGGGCAUGAAAUAGAAAGCUUCCAUAACAAAGGAUAUGAAGAAGAUGUACCCAGUGACAGCACUGCAGUCCUUAGCCCAGAGGAUCUGUCAGCUCGAGGAUCAUCAUCACAGCUCCCUAAAUCUUUUGAUCCUGAACCAGAAGCUAAGUAUGGCACCCUGGAUGUGACUUUUGACUACGACUCGCAGGAACAGAGGCUUCUGAUAACAGUGACAGCUGUCACAGACAUUCCAAAUUAUAGCAGGACAAGUGGAAGUUUAUGGCAAGUACACCUGGUUCUUCUUCCUAUCAAGAAGCAGAGAGCAAAGACCAGCAUCCAGCGGGGUCCAUGCCCUGUCUUCACUGAGACAUUUAAAUUUAAUCACAUUGAGUCUGAGAUGAUUGGGAAUUAUGCAGUGCGCUUUAGACUGUACAGUAUACGCCGUGUAAAAAGAGAGAGGAUUUUGGGAGAAAAGAUAUUUUACUUAACCAAAUUAAAUCUUCAAGGGAAGAUGUCGGUACCAGUGACAUUGGAGCCAGCGUACCCUAUUUCCGGCUGCGACUCCCAAAUGAGCAUGUCAGAAAUGUCCUGCAGUGAAAGUACCUCCUCCUGUCAGUCUCUGGCACAUGGCUCAGCUCCAGAAAUCCUCAUUGGACUGCUUUAUAAUGCCACAACUGGAAGACUAGCAGCAGAAGUGAUAAAAGGCAGCCACUUCAAAAACCUGGCAGCAAACAGACCACCCAAUACGUUUGUUAAGCUGACGUUGCUGAAUUCUAUGGGCCAAGAGAUGUCCAAAUGCAAGACAUCUAUCCGAAGAGGGCAACCGAAUCCAGUCUACAAAGAGACCUUUAUUUUCCAGGUGGCACUGUUUCAGCUUUCUGACGUUACACUCAUAUUGUCUGUGUAUAAUAAACGCAGCAUGAAACGAAAGGAAAUGAUAGGCUGGAUUUCUUUAGGUUUGAACAGUUCUGGCGAAGAGGAACUAAAUCACUGGACUGAGAUGAAGGAAUCCAAAGGACAGCAAGUAUGUAGGUGGCACUCGUUGUUAGAAUCUUAAUGAGUAGUUGCGGCUCCACGUAAUGUCAGGAUUCCACGAGGCUGCCCCGCAGGUGCAACCAAGAGAAGUGUUGCAGAAGUUACAAUUCAACAUUCCACUUUUACAGAUGCACAAAAUGCCGUGGAGCAGAAUUUACUUUCACAUCUUCAGUUAACAUCACCUGAGUUCAGGUGACAUGCACUGGACGCAGAAGAAAGAGCAAUUCCUUAUUUUGACACUUUCAGGAUUGUUUUUGUUCACAUCUCAGUUUUCCAUUUAACUAAUAGAUAUUUUGUGUAAGUCAUCUACUAUUACAAAAUUCUCUGGUUGUGUUUGUUUUCUUAGAGGUGCUAUGCUGUGUUAUAUAUGACUUGUCGAGAAGCAGAUUUAGAGAGCUGGGGGAGUAGUUAAAUAGUGGAACACAAAAAUUAGGAUUUUGGCACACAGUAGUUGGAACAUUGCUUCCCCACCCCCUUAGGAACUUAGCAUUUCCUUAACGGAGUUUAAUUUUGAAGAACAACAUGCAAGAGCACUCCUGCAUGUUUUAUCAGAUACACAAACAGCUCCUCUGUGGUGCCUGCUUUAGGCUGGGGGUUGUAACUCCCUAUUCGCUCCCAAGAGCGGAAGUUGUUAGAAUGAUGAAUCACUGUUAAUGGUGUGCAUAAUAAACCCAUCACAAUUCGUCCCUGGCAAACACCUUUUUGUGUUGUUUCAGGAACUUACAGACUUGUUUGACCGGUGGCAGCAGCGAGAGAAAAGAAAGAUGUGUGUGUAUACACCAUGGGAAGGGAAGCCUCUCUCAAAAAUCUUUCUGCUCUCUUGAACUAUUGUGCCAAUUUACCAUGCAGGAUCCUCUUGCAUGUUGUUUCCUAGGAUCUGUCAAAUCAGGUCUCAAUAUUUUUGGCAUUGAUCAAAUUGUCUUUGAGUCCACCUCAGGAAUAAUCUCCACUUUAUGUCAUGCAGUGAUUUUUUUUUUUAUGGAUCCCUCACAGGCCUAUUUAGACAGGUUGAAAACAUAGGAUCUAAAGAGCUGCACAACUAAUUCAAUGUGCCUAAGGGAGCUUUAGACAUGUGUUUCUCAAAUAGCAGCCCUCCAUGCUUUGAAACUGACAGGAAUUUUCACAGUAUGGAGAUCGAGUUUAAAAAAAAGUUUCACUGCAUGAACAGAAGCACCAGGACACAACUAAAGUCAUCCUAUUUCCCCCCAGAAGUAGAGCAUGGUUGAAAUCAUGUACAUAGCUGCCAAGUUUUCCCUUUUCUCGCGAGGAAGCCUAUUCAGCAUAAUGGAAAAUCCCUUAAAAAAAGGGAUAACUUGGCAGCUAUGAUCAUGUAUGCAGUUUCUGGCCAGUCUCACUGAUGAUACCAGUGGUAUUUUUGUUUAGGUAGCAGAGUGCAGGACUACAGCUAAUAACUUUAGUAAAAUUUCUUUGUCAUUAAAUCAGUUGGUCUUUAUAUGAACCUUGUAUUACAAACCUUUGAAAAUUCAAAAGUGGUAAAAUCUAAGGAUUAAUACAGCUGGGAAUAAGGACUUCGGUAAUCUUAGAUAAUAAAUAAGGGAAAUAAACCUGUAUGACAUCUGUCAAUUUAUUUAACCUCAGCAAUGUGUUAAUCGUAAUAUAAAUCUUUGAACGGCACCUACAUGCAUUAUGAGAUGUGAAGCACAAAGGAAAGUAUGACUAGAGUCUGCUAGUUUUAAAGUUCUUGCAAUAAAUUGUUUCACCACUUUCUGUUUCAACUACUGGUAAAUUUCAGGGAUACUGUGUGAUACUGAAGCUUUCCUUGAGGAUGAGGUUGGCAUCAUGAUUAAAAAUUAGUACAGUUUAAAUAAGCACCUAGAACUUCUAUUAUGCAUAUCUGAGGAUGGAAUCUAUCUGUUGCAAGUGUUGUCAGAGCUCAUGAAUUCCUAAGUAAGUGCCAGAUUCAGUUAAGAUUUCUGGAUGAGGUGAGUCUGUGAAAAAAGAUUCAUGUUUCCUUUAUUUAUUUAGAGUGAGCUGAUUGAGAAAUUGCAUAUUUAUCACUCUGUUUUCUUCACAAUAUUUUUGAAUGCCGCUAAGUUUGAGAUCCAGUUCUUGCAUGAAUGGAUACAAGUGCAUCAUAUGAAAUAUGUGCAAUGUUCCCAGUCUCAAAAUUCUUAAGAACCUCCUUAAAAAUUCCCAGCUGUUGUCUUGAAAUUGUUAUUCAGUGCCUUUCAUGUUUCACCACUUAAAUUUGUAACUGUAAUGUGAUGCUGAACUGAAUGAUUUAAGUCUUGAUUGAUUUAAAGAUUUACCAAAUGAAUUUUCCUUCCUGUGUUGCAUGAAGAGUAUGGCACACAAAAUAUAAUUUGUUAAAAGAAAACCAUUCAGGAACUUUUGCAAACAUAAAUAAUGCUAAUAGUUGUUCAGUAUAGUAUAAUAUUUCCAGUUUUGUUUCUUACUGACUUCGCAGUGCAUCCUUAUACAAGCCUUAUUACAAGAUUUUUUGUUUCAGAAGUCCUCACUUUACAACCUUUUCGUUAAAAUGGAGACACUUAUAGAUCUAAGCCUCCAGUUCCAAGAAGGCUUGCCAGAAAAUAACUACUAUUGAACUCAUUUAAACUUCUGAGUAAGCAUAUUUAGGAUUGCGCUGUAAGACUUGCACUGUCAUAGUGCCUUGAAGAUUGGAUUAUGCAUUCAUACAGAGAAGGAACAGAUGAAUAAACUGUGGCUUCAUAACAAUAUUCCUAAUUUUAAAAAUGUAUUACUUGGUUGGUGAUUAUGACCUAAGAGAUUCCUAAUUCAGAAAGUUGUCUAAUCAGGAUUGUACCUCUGCAUAUUCUUUGCUCUUUAAAGUACAGUAUAGAUACAGCUAUUGAGUAAUUCUGCUAAAAGGCAAGAUAGAAGUGAGCAGAGUUAUUUUUUUAAGAACAUUGUUGGGUUUUUUUGUACAACAAUCUGUCAUAUUAACACCUUUGCCCUAAUUUUCACAUUGGUUGCCUUGUUUGGAUAUUACCUUGUACACAUAAAGCAUUUGAUGGGUAAGAAACAUUCAAAUCUUCUUCCAUCUUUCUACAGGAUUAUUGUACAGGUAUUAACUGAAAAUUCAACUUUUGUACCAUAAGACAACUUUUUAAAAACAACAAACUUAUUUAGGUAUGUAUUUAGAAAGACCUAAAGGGAAUUCAGCAAGUCACGUUUAACAUAAGAUCCUAUCAAUAGAACACUCCUUUCAGUGAUUUUGUUUUUGUUUUUUGGGAUUAUCAUUACUGUAUUAGUUACUAGAUUCCACACACAGCCCUUCUCCAACUAACUCAAGGCAACAGAUUAAUGUCAUUUUCAACUGAGUGGGGUCAUAUCUCCAUAGUAGAACAAUUUGCAUAAAUGGUGCUGUAGGGUUAUUAAUAUGUUCAGUGACUCCUUUUAGUGCAAGAAUUGUCCUAAGUGCAUAGCAUUUUGAUGUCGGGGGAAAUCAUAUAAAGUCUGUGUAAACUGUCACAUGCAAUAACUGCAUAAUGUGUACACAAAUUGGAAAUGGCAUGUACAUGUAGUAACACAGGUACAAGUUUUAAAAGACAGUGUAUGUGCAGUUUCCAGUUGUGUACACACAACAAAAUAGGUGAGUUAACACUUUAUUCCUAUAUGGUGGAGUAACAUGCUUAGGAAAGCAGGAUGUGGUUAGCUUUUCCACCACCAUGAUACCAAAAUAUAGUGUGAGCUAGGGCCAACAGAUGUAUAGCCUUCUCAGUGUAGUUGCUGCCAUAACACUGCUUCUCUAAAGCUAGUUCCCACGUUGUACUAGAUCACAGGGGCAUUUCCCAUGCUACCUGACUUUAGUGUGGGAAGUAUCUACAUGGUCUGAUCCAGCCUUCACCAGCCUGAUACUUUACAGAUGUUUUGUGCUGGCUAGCAAUGAUAAGAGCUGUAGUCCAAAAUUCCUGGAGGGCAGCAGGUUGGCGAAGGCUGGUCUGCCCUAACAACAGGAUAUAAAUACAAAAUAUUAUCUGGGGCAGGAGAGCCUGCCAAACACAUGCAACUUUGUACCAGCAGCUGCACCCAAAAGAUCAUAUGGAUUGCCCCCAUUUUUUUAACCCAAACAUUGCAAUUUUUCACUUGAAAGUACUGUGGGUUGUAUCCCAGUCUAGUCCUACUCAGAACUGACCCACUGAAGUUAAUAGACAUGGCUAACUUACUUUCAUUAAUGUAAUGGGUCUACCCUGAGUAGAACGUAAUUAGCUACAACCCUCUUUUUCUUUGAGUGGAAAUUAUAUCUUGAUUUGUAUGUUUAGGGAAAGGGCCUUGUGGUGUUGUGGACUCUCACAAGGGGACUGUGUUGCUGCAAGUUCCUGUCUAGCAGAUCACCCAGAGAUUAGCAGGGCUCUGCACUGCUUGAGAGCGAGGCAUUUUAAUGUACUCAUUUUGGGUGUCUUGGAAAUAUUCUUGCUUGAAUGCUGUUGGCAAAGGGGCCGUCAUGCUUUUCAAACUCUGACUUGGCAUAUUCUCUGUAUCGUUUCCAACUGUUCCAACUGCUUUCUUGCUAAUCUGUGGAUUAUUGCUGAAUGCCAGCAAGCCUUUUAUGUGAGGACUAUGGCUUUUAUGGCAGGAUCAGUGGUAUAUGCAGUUGAAAGGAACUCUGGUAGCAACUUUGGUGAAGGUCUCUUGUCCAAAACCUUGAAUGCCACUGAAGUACUGGGAUAGGCAGGCCAGAGGUUUGACUCAGAAGUGGGAAUCAGCCUCAUGUGAUCAAACUCAUUAGGGCUUUUGUUUUUGCUCUUGAUUUUUGGAGAACAGAGAUUGCAUCCUAUGUGAGGUUGGGAAUAGUGUGGUGCCUGGUUCUUUUAGUGUAGUAGAUUGACUCACUGUUCAUGUUUGGAUUCUCUUACAUUGUUUUAAAUAGUGAUGGUUUUUCAUUUUUGUUAUGCUCAGCCAUCUUGGGUGUUUUACAAAAAGAAAACCUGGACAGGAUAUUAGUUUUU